GCGCCUCUCUGAGGUCAAGAUGGCGGCGAGGGCACCGGUUUCAGGAGGYAGCCGCCUGCUGGAGAGCUUCCGCAAGUGGUACUACAACGCGGCCGGCUUCAACAAGCUGGGGUUGAUGCGAGAUGACGUCUUGUAUGAAGACGAUGACGUAAAAGAAGCGCUGAAGAGGCUUCCAGAACCUCUUUACAACGAGAGGAUAUUUCGCAUGAAGAGAGCACUUGACUUGAGUCUGAAACACCAGAUCCUUCCGAAGGAUCAGUGGGUGAAAUACGAAGAGGACAAGCGCUAUCUUGAACCUUAUCUAAAAGAAGUCAUUCGUGAACGACUUGAAAGAGAAGCAUGGAACAAGAAAUAACUAUUGAACUACUUCAUGCAAAUGUCCCCUUCUUUCUGAUAUUUUUGAACAUGGUUCUGGAAGCUGUCUACUGGAGGCAAAUGUGAGGCUGAGGGAGUACAUAUUUCAGUUUGUUCACUGAAUCUGUUCAUCCAAGUAAAAUAAAUGUAUCAAAAUGAAAAAUCUACUUGGAAGGCUUCUUGGUAAAUGUUAACGAGCUAAUGUUACCCUACUGCAGUGGCAUGCAGUCUUCAUUCCAGCUUUUUGAUUCAUGUUUUUUUCAUAGUACAGCCGUUUCCAGCAGCUGGCAGGGUAGGUCAAGGCUGCUGAUGCUGGCGUUUCUGUUAGGCUAUGAAGAGGAUGCUUAUUUUUUUC